GUUCAAAUAAACCGUUCUUUCUUCUUUUCGUUUUGUGUUUGAAGUUUUUUGCUGCCUCUGCAAGUUGAAAUAUGAAUGUGUGUGUGUGUGCUCUCUCGCUCAAAGCUAUGCCUGUAUGUAUGUGUAUGUGCAAGCAUAAGUCGGAUACCCUUUGGCUGUUUCGCUUUACCUCGGCUUAAACUAAUCGCGUGAUGAUUUUGUUGUUGUUAUUGCUCUUGCUAUUGUUGUUGUUGCUGCUGUUCUCGUUGUUGCUGUUGUAAUUCAAUGUAUACCUGCAACAAGUACGGCACGUCUUGGCAGCUUUGUCUCCUGCCUCCUACGCGAUACGCCAGAUUAAGGCAAUACAAUAACAAGUUCAGUUUCCAACCAGAUCCCACUACAACUACAGCGACAACUACUUACAUCGACAGCCACAGCAGGAAAACAAGCUCUCACUACUUAGAUUCCAAUUGGAACAAUUUUCUAAUUGAAACCAUUUAAACUGGAAUAAUAAUUAUAUGUGAGCACCGUAUCGGCUUGAAUUAAAAAUGUAACUGCAUAUUCGAGGCGUUGCUACUGAAUCGAGAGCUCUUCAAGUCAACCUCAUUUUGUGAAGCGAGAGAUAAGGAGUUUAUAUCAGCAUGUCUUCCGGCCUGAUGUCUUGCGUGCGAGAAAACUCGCCGCCGUUGGAGCUGGAUCUGAGUGGAGCGGGUCCCUUGUCAUUGCCGGAAGGUAAUAGCAGAGCCCAUGGCUAUCAGGGACCAACCACAUCGACGCCCAUUGCCUGUCCGCUGGCCGUCGCAGAGGGCGCCACAGUUGAUGGCAACGAAUGUUCAACGAAUGCGGAACAUCAGCAGCAGCAGCAGCAGCAGCUCCAGCAACAGCAGCAGCAGCAGCAGAAACGUCGACGCUUCCAUCCGCUGCGGAAUUUGCGUCGAAUCUUUCGACGUCGCACCAUCACUAGCGCCGACACUGGCGCAGCUGGCGGCACUCAGGCAGGAGGAGCAGGAACUGGUUCGAUUGCUGCACCUGGAUCGGGAUCGUGCAACACUUUGCCGCCACCGGCGAGCAGUUCCAGUGAGAAGAAUUUGCGCAGCGUUGCGCUAGGUGGUGGCUCGACAGCAGCUGAAGCUGCAUCGGCAUCCUCGCCAGCAUCGCCGCUCACGCAUCAGCAGCUCCACGAGAGCUAUCAGACGCAGUCGUUGCCCAAGUCCAAGUCCUAUGGUGCCCAUCGCGAUGAGUUGCUGAGCGUGCUGCUGGGCAAGAAGAGAGGGGCUAGCAAGCAUAUGAACAGCAGCUUGGAGCAGCCAGUCCAACCGCCUCAUAGCCACGCCCACGCCCACAACCACACCAACACCCACACUCACGCCCAAACGCAGUCUCAGUUGCACUCCCACUCGGACGCCAUGUACCAAACGCAGCGACCGCAAAUGGGCGUGGCCGUCUUCCCGGACGCCAUGAGCAUGAGUCGCAGUGCGUAUUUCGCCGAGAAGCAGCGCAGUCACCAUCAUCAGCGCCAGCUGCGCAGCGUUGGCGACUCCUCGCAGGAUCUGGAUCUGGCCGAAGACAUUGGCGCCGCGGGCGGUGCAGCCGACAUGUCCGACAGCCAGCGCAGUCUCAGCGAGGAACGAUUGCUGGACGUAGACGUGGACGGCAGCAGUGGUUACACACGUGAAAUUCUCUCCCAGUCCCAUGACAGCGUUUUUUCCGAAUCCGCUACAGCCAGCAGCCUUUCCAUCGUGCUGAGGGCCGAGCUAACAGAUGUGCUGCGCAAGCGUCGAAACAGGCCCGAUGCCUCGGACGAGGAUCUGGGCCUGCCGCGCAGCCCCGUCUCGCCGCAGCGUCAUGCGGCCGCCGGGCAGAGCCGCAAGGUGGCUGGCUAUCAGCCACGCGAGGUGUCCUCCCUGAGCCUGCUGAGCGUGAACAGCACCGAUGGCGAGGACAGCAGCCAAGGCCAUAGGCAGCACGCGGACAACGGGCUCGGUUCGGUGGUGCUGCGCGAGCGACAGGAGGAGGACGACGACGUGGAUGCCGUGGGCGUGGAGCGACAUCGGCUCUCGCAUGCGGCGGCCAAACACAAAAUGGCCAUACGGCCCAUGAAGAAGAUGCCCACGCGGCAGCACAGAAGGACGCUAGAGACUUCAAUACCUGAGGCCAACGAGGAGCUAAUUAAGCUGCAGCUGACUCAGGCGCCCAAUCCCAGCUUGCGGGCUGUUAAGGAAAUGGAUCUUAAAACAAAGACGCGCUCUCUACCUCCGGGCAGCUCGCUGUCUGCCACCACAACAGCCACUGCCAACAGUAGCAACAACACCACCAACACCACCAGCAGCAGCAGCAGGAGCCACUCCAAGACAAUUGAGCAGAAGAGCUCAACGAUUACGAAUAUCAGCAGCAGCAGCAGCGGCAGCAGCAGCGAGCGAACAACAUCCUCGUCCACAUCCACAUCCACAUCCACAUCCACAUCGUCCUCCCAGGCGUUUGGCCUGCGUGCACUCACCUUUAAGGCGGCCAAUGCGCUGUUCGAUGGGCGUGGCGAGUCGUCAACGGAUGGCGAUGAUGUGACCACGUCUACAGCCACAACGGAGUCCAGCGAGCACGGAUUUCUGCGUCGGCUCAUGCAGCGCAACUCGAAGCGCAGCAUUGCGCGUGCCAACGAUGGCCUGGAGGAUGUGGACACCAGCCACCAGAAUCUGGCCAAGAAACUGCAGAUCUCGACCUCCUGCCUGGAGGCAACGGCGCGUGAGCCGGUGCCGCUGCCCAGCAAAUCGCGCAGCGCCACCUCACACGAGCAGAACAUACAGGAGACGCGGCAGAUCAUCAAGCGCGAGAUUCAUAACGAGGGCAAGCACGGACUCAACGCACUGGUCAGCAACUACGGUGUCCAGCCACAGCCGCCCACCGCCGUGAAGCCCAAGUCGGGGCCAGCGGCGCGCCAGCGUUACCUGCCCAAGGAGCUGGGCGCUGGCCUGGACAAGCCGCUGCCGCUGCCGACGAGCGACAGCGACGUCACCAAUCUGCUGUCCAAGAGCUCGCGCGGCAACGACACCUUCCAGUCGACGGCCCUGGUGCGGGAGCAGGCGCAGCUCAGAGCGGAGGCCAGCGCAACGCACUUCGAGCGCAAGCCACGCAUUGUCGGGCUGAGCGCGUUCCAGCAGAAGCUGUCGCGGUCCAGCGACUCGAUGGGCCAGCACUCGAGCUCCUCGAACUCGCUGGAGACCAGCACGGACGAGCCCUCGCCGCUGUACUACGAGGAGAAGCAGCGCAAGACGGUCGAGAAAUCGCGCAGUUUUCGCAACUAUCAGGAGGAGCGCCACGUGGCCAACGAGUCGGCAGCGAUGCACAACAAUAUGCCCAGCCUGCCGGAUCUAUCGAUCAGCUUCCGUGUGCCGCCCGCCUACUACAAGCAGCAGCAGCAGCAGCAGCUGCAGCAGGAGUCGCCUCGUUCACCCAUGUCGCCCAUAUCCCCGAAUGGCAAGUGCGUCUCGCUGGGCUUUGAGAUCAACGACAACAAGCUGCUGCAGGCGCGCGCCGAGUCCACGGGCAAGCUGGCCAGUGGCCAGGCCAAGGUCUCGCCACAGCGCAGCUCCACGCUGCUGGUGCCCAGUCCGGGCCCGGCGAACAUCUCGGAGAUCGAGCAGAACAUCGAUCUGAUUGUCAAGUCGCCGAUGGUCAGUUUGCUGCGCAAAUCCGGCGCAGUUGGGGAGCAGAAGUCGCCGCAACGUCCCAAGGUGCUGGAGCUGAAGCAGACGACGACAUCCAGCACUGCCCUGGGCUCGCCCGGUAAGGAGGCAGUCCAGUGCGCUAGUCCAGUGACCAAGAGCCCACCAAGCACGCCCAGCAAGGGCGCGCCACGCAAUACGAAAAAUGAGGCAGAGCCCGAGUUUAUGAAGAUCCAGCUGAAUCGUGUCGAUCCGGCACAGCUGCACAGCAAGGCCAAUCAUCUGGUGCUGGCCAAGAAUGUCAAAUUGUCGCCAGCCACGCCCACUGAGCGCAGCCAGAGCAGCGACGAUCUGUCGAUGCGACGCCUCAGCGCCGAGAGCGCAAGCAGCAUUCACAUAGUCGAGCGCCCCACGAAGCCGCUCAGCAGUGCCAACAACAGUCCCGCCAGUCCCGCCCAGCCGUCACCCAGUAUUAGCCAGCCAGCAGCAGCCGAGCUGCGGCUGGCCAAGCAGCAGCGGGCCGCCAGCGCCAGCAGCCUGCGCGCCAGCUAUGUCAGCAGCAGCAGCAGCUGCAGCUGCAGCGGCGGCAGCAGCGAGCUGCUCGCGACGCCCGGCACACCAAAGAGCAGUGGGACGAGGCCAACUGCGGAGUCUGUGGAGCAGGAGAAGGCCAAUGGCAAUGCCAAUCGGCUCUCGCUGGAGGAGCGCAAGCGUCUGUUCCUCAAUGAGGAGAAGUCGCAGGCGGAGCGCAAGUUGACGGAGCGCAAGAAGCUGAUUGGCGAGGCCACGCCCCCAGUUACGCCCACCACACCAGUGACGCCCAGUGGGCCGGAUGCCAGCAAUGGCAAUGGCGUGGUGCUGCGCAAGAAAUCCUUUGCCAGCAUCAAUGGCAAUAGCAAUGCUAAUGCCAAUGCUAAUGCUAAUGCCAAUGGCAAUGCGAACUCAACGGGCCAGGAGGAUGCCACGCCGGAGCUGAUGAAGGUCUUUGCACGUCGUUCACUCAAGGUGAAGGAUGAUGAUGUGGUGGCCAUGGCUCAGGUGGCGGUGGCGAAUCACAAGAAGAUGUGCAAUGGCAGCCAGAGCGUCGAUAGCGACAAGGAGAACCAGUCGAACAGCGAGGAGAAGCUGGACAAGCUGACGCCCAACAAUGAGCCGACGAAGCUGGUCCAGUCGAACAGUCAUGCACAUGGCCACGCCCAUGCCCACAGCCACACUCACGCCCAGGCGCCCGGCAGCAACCGCAGCACUGUGGCGGAUUUUCGCAAUCUCAACAACAACAACAACAAUGUGCAGUCAGCGCCACAGAAGUUGUCCAAUCUGCCGCCCAUAAAGGUGAGCAAUGCGCGCAAUGCCACAGUCAACAGCAUUAGCAACAUCAGCAACAUUAGCAACAGCAGCAACAACAAAAACAACAUCAACAAGGCC